AUGGAAAGGGAAGAGGUUGUUAGUGGUGGUGGUGGUGGUGGUGGCAGGGAUGGCAACGGCGGUGGUGGUGGUGGCGAUGGUGGUUGUGGUGGUGGUAGUAGAGGCGGUGGUGGUGGUGGCGGCGAUAGCGGCAACGGCGACGGUGGUGGCGGUAGCGACGACGACGACGGCAGUGGUACUAGUAGCGGUAGUGGUAGUGGUGAUGGUGGUGGUGGUGGUGGUGGUGGUGGUGGCGGUGGUAGAGGUGGUGGUAGCAGAAGCGGCGGUGGUGGCAGCGGUGGCGGCAAUGGAGGUGGUGGAGGAGAAAGAGAAAGAGAAGGUGGGGGUUAG